AUGGCUGACUGGUGGCCUGAUCCUCUUAUGGGCUUGGGUGCUCCAGGAAUAUUGAAAUAUAUUCCGAGCGAGCACCCUGAAGAGACAUUGGGAAUACUGGAGACAUCUCGGAUCACCUCAAAGUCUCCUCAUUUUAAGAUUGUUGGCUCUUCGUUCAAGUCUUAUGCAGCUUCAAGAACUCAGCUUCCCGAAGCAUCCACGAGGCUCUGGAGAGAGCGUCAAGUCCAAGAGCGAUGGCUAUCCAAGUCUCACCCAGAAAUAGCCAUGGGCAAUACAGCGUUUCAAGAUAUUCUCAAAGAAGAUAUGGAGGAGCUGAUCAUCUCAGACGAGGCCCCUAAUACUAGGCCUCUGCUAGCUAUUGGGCAUUCUCCUGAUCCUAGUGAUAAAUCUGGGGUCAAAAAAUUUCCGAUAAUGGCCGUCGCCGCUGGAGAAUCAGGCGAGAUCCUACGCCUUGCUUGCAUGGAAAAUGCGCAGUGGCAGUGGGGAGAGAAUGGGGAUGCGUUCUUGAACGCUGCGAUCAUCGACUCAACCGAUAGAGCGGCAGAAGCAACUUGGGCUGACGAUGGAUUGCCCAUUCGACAGAUCAUAUUUGCCGGGACUCGCUUGCAAGAUGAAUCGCAUCGUUGGCUACUGGUUCAAAAGGAAACAAAGAUCACGAUACUCUGGCCAGAAUUACGCCAGGUUCCAACAGCUUCGACUCAGUCAGUUAGUAAUUUUGCACAAGAACGGCCGUCGCUAAUCAACCCAAAUCCCUUAUUCACGAUCCAUUCUCACCAGACGGGAGGGAGUGCUCAUUCUGACGUUGCUUUAAUUCCUACGGCGUCUGGCCGAUCACAGCAAAUUGCUAUUAUAAACGAGACCGGAUAUUGGAGCAUCUGGGAUCUUCCCGCUGCUUGGCAAAGCCAACGAAAAGGACCGUCUCAGCUAUCUCUCAGUAAAUGCGGACAUAUUUCUGAUGGCCUAUUAAAUGAGCUACCAUCUAUAUCCUCUCACCCGAACGAAAGACACGGCAUUCUUGUUGUGGAGGGGAAGGGGCCCGAGAAAAUCGAAAGCUCGCCUUCUCCCUCAUAUAACGGGAGAGGCAACGAUACUACGCAAUAUUUACUAAUGUGGAAUCAUGAGAAAAUGGAAGUUUUGAACCUAGAUGCAAAUAUACUGCUCCCAAGACUGGGGCGCAUAAUACGAGACAGAGGGAAGUUGGAUUGGAUUUUGGAUGUUCAUCGCAGCCCCGUUAAACAAGACCACGUUUUCAUUCUUACACAGUAUCACAUCACCUGGGUUGAUUUACUUAGCCGCGGUGAAUCAGCAUCAGGCCCUUUGAAGCCGUCUAUCUUGCUCUCUUGCCCACACUUGGGGACUAAAAAUGACGACUCGAGGAUGUUUGUUUGUCGAGCAUCGGAUGAUGAUAGAGAUACAUCACUGGUCUUUAUAUAUUAUCCGCGCAUGGGUCAGCUUUGCAUAUACUGGUUCACAUUUUCCGCUGUGGGGAGAAUGCCACAGUGGCAUCGUGACAUCAUUUCGCUCCCAGGGAGCGAAGACAGAGAGUUUCCUGCAAAGAACCUUAUCGAGUUUCUAAGAGUUGAUCCAGUCCAACUUGCUAUCUCAGUCAGGGAAGGGGCUUCGAGUCCAGGGAUAGACUACUAUCAAAAAGGAGUCAGGUUCUACCAACUCUCUUUCUUGGGCAAAGAUCUCAGCCUGCAACGUUGCUUAUGUGCCACAUCCGACGAUCGGGCGCUUGAAAUCCAAGUUCCCACAUCACCGGUGGCCUGGGCUGAUGUUAGGCAACAGAAACAAAAAGAGAAGAGAAGAAAAACCGCUAUCGCGCAUGUUACCAGCUCUUUUGUACUCCCAGACGAUAUAACUACCGAGGAUGUUGAAGCUCUGCUAAACAGAGAAGAGGUCGAAGAUGUAAGCAACAGUGAUGAUCUUCGGAGCAUCUCAGCAGGACCACGGCCCGUUUAUGCCAAAAUGGGCAGGAUAUACCAAGCCUUGCAGAAUUCACUCCAGAUAUCAAUAGAUAAGGGAGAAACCGGUCUCCCUUCCCAUCUUUUCGAUGCUCUCAGACAGUGCCUUAACGAUGGAUUCGAUCAGGGGAGGCUCCCGUUGUUGACUUGGAAUGAAGUAGUCGAUGUGAUGCUACGAAAUCCCACUUAUGAACCAGCCGAUGAUCCUAUGAGAGAAGAGAUGGAGAGCUUGCUAGAUGAAGUUGACGAAAGGAUUGUCGUCACCCAGCUAAGGAGAAAUAACACUGGGGAGGACUCUAUGUCCUUGGUCAGCCUACAAUAUUUACAGCGACAUUUUUCUGAACUGUGGCUCAAUCCGGUGAAAGGCGCUAUUUCUGAGGAUAUGCAACGAGUCCAACAGAUAUGGGCUGCCGAAUUGGCCAGGGAAGCCUUCUUGUCCAAUUACGGCAUCAUGUUUCAGAACAUACCAGUACUUGGGCCUGCAAGCUCAGAGGUGGCGGAAGAAGGUCAUAAAUCUCGGGCAGAAUCUCUUACGUUUAGCUCCCAAAUCACCGCCCCAUCAAGAUCAAGUUCCAGAGACAUUGGAUCUUCGCCUGCUUCAUCGCCAGCUGCGUCAACAGUUUCUCCCGAUGCUGAUGGAGCUAUUCAACGCCUUCGACUACUAGCUCAAUCUUUAGAUACCGACAUGUUGGAUGCUUCCAAACGAUCCAAAAUACUAUCAUACUGGCCGAAAGAGCGCGGUGUCGAUCCGAACGACUACGUGUCCAGCCUAGCGAGAGCAAAUGAGGAGCUCUUCAGGGACGCGAAAGAAAGACUCAAGAGGAAGGAAGCAAAGCGCAAAGCUCAAACAGAAAAAUUCAAGCGCCCUGCUUUCAUGAGACAGGGACUCCCAGAUAUCAAUCCCAUGGCGCCAAUGCGGCCACAACCCAUGCAGAUCAUGUCCAGCCAGGCGGCUCCAGCUGCGACUCAGACCCAGGUACCGAUUGUGACGAUGAGUCAGCCUGUCCCUGGAAUGUUUGGAGAUAGGAAGAAGAAGAAGAAGAGAAAGAGUGGUUUUAGAUAA